AACCACGUGGUCCAACCUCGACAUGCGUGUGUAGCACCUGGCUGGUUUUCUCUUGAUUGAAGCACAUUUGCUGUAUAUAACUUAUAGCACGCUGUCAUUAAAAACAUGUCGGGCAAGUCGGAGCUGAAAAUCAACUCCCAGUUCGCGCAGAAAUACGAGAAGUACCGACAGAAGGAAGAGUUACAGAGACUGAAGGACCGGUAUGGGGACCAAGUGGCCGACAGUGACGAGUCCUCCUCCUCCAGCUCCGACGACAGUGAAGUGGAGCUGGACCCGAGUGUGGAGAGGGAUUUUUACAGAACGCUGUCCCUGUUGAAGAAGAGGGACCCAAAGAUCUACGAGCAGGAUGCCACGUUUUACUCCGAGGGUGCGUCCACCGACCCACAGCCUUCAACAUCCAAGACGGAGCCGGUCAAGUCCAUGUAUCUCAAGGACUAUGAACGCGCUGUCAUACUGGAGAGGGAAGGCAAAUAUGAAGAUGACGAUGAUGACAGUGAUGACGAGGAAGAUUUCAGGAGAAGAGAGAGAGAAGCCUCUCCGAGCUACGUGCAGGAGCAGGAGGCGCUGAAGCAGAGCUUCCGGAAGUUUGUGGAGGACACUGAUGAAGAUGAAGGUAGUGCGGAAGAGGAAUCGACUACGCUAUUGAUGAGGAGGAACAAAACUCAGGAGGAGAAGGAUAAAGAAGAGGCGGACUACCUGGACUGGCUGAAAGGCCAGGCUGAGCUGGAGGCUCCGGAGGACGUGAAGGACAUGAAAUACCUACGGGACUACUGGAACGACCCGGAGCUGGACGAGCGGGAGCGUUUCCUCCGAGAUUAUGUGCUGAACAAGGGCUACCUUGAUGAAGACCAUGAUGACGAACGGAUCCCAACGUAUGAGGAAGUGGUCCAGGACGACGAGGACGAUUCGGAGGAGGAGGACGAGACCUUCCUGGAACGGCAGGAAGACUUUGAGAGAAGCUACAACUUCCGCUUCGAAGAGCCUGAUGCUCAGCAGAUCAAGACCUACCCCCGAAACAUCGCCACGUCGGUGCGCUCCAAGGAUGACAGGAGGAAGCAAAAACGAGAAGAAAUCAAAGAAAGAAAGACGAAGGAAAAAGAGCAGAAGCGGGAGCAGCUGAAGCAGCUGAAGAACCUGAAGAGGAACGAGAUUAUGGAUAAGCUGAAGACGCUGCAGGAGCUGACCGGCAACGAGCAGCUGGCCUUCAGUCAGAAGGACCUGGACGGGGACUUUGAUCCGGCGCAGCACGACCAGCUCAUGCAGAAAUUCUUUGGAGAUGAAUAUUAUGGAGGCGAUGAAGAAGAGAAGCCUCAAUUUGAGGAUGAUGAGGAGCACUGGAACUGGGACACAUGGACAGGAGAGGAGCAGGACGAUGAUGGAGAGGGGGAUGGUGGACAGGAAUAUGAUGAUGAUGAUGAUGAUGCUGCUGGACCCCACUGCGAUGAUGAGAACUUCGUUAUGGAUGCAGACUAUGACCCCAGCCAGCAUGUUGUUUCCAAGAAGAAGAAAAAGGAUAGGAAGAAGAUGAUGAAGGAAGAUCUGCCACAAAUGGGCAAGAAGAGAAAGAAGUCUUACUUUGCGGAGGCCAUCACCAAGAACAAGCCCGUGUUUGACCCUCAGGAGAAGAGCUUUGAGCAGUACUUGGAUGAGUACUACAAGCUGGACUACGAGGACAUCAUAGACGACCUUCCCUGCAGGUUCCGCUACAGGCAGGUUUUGGCCAACGACUUUGGUCUUACCACAGACGAGGUUUUAAAAGCUAAUGACAACGAGCUGAACCGCUGGUGCUCUCUGAGGAAGACCUGCAUGUACAGGUCUGACAAGGAAGAGAAGAGUGAUUUGAAAACUUAUCAAAUCAAGUCCCAGAACGAAAGGAAGAAGAAGGAAAUCCUCAGCUCUGUGUAUGAGGAAGAUAAAGACACACCAGACUCUAAGAGCAAAAUGGGGAAGAAGAGAAGAGAUCGUGUCAUGAACACAGCAAAGCAGAACGGAGGAGCAGAAGACGGUGGCGCAGUUUCUACUGUGGAGAUAGCAGAUGGCACGGAGGAAAGGGAGGCAGAGGAGGAUGAGAUCCUCAUCCCCAAGAAAAAGAAAAUCAAGCACGAAGAGGAACUCCAGGUGCCGGCAGAGGAGGCAGCAGACAAACCAGAGGAGAGGAAAAUCAGGACUGAAAGACCAAAGUGGUCCAAUAAGAAGCACAAGCCUUCAGGGGGUCGGCUCUCCACGGGGGUGAGAAUAGGAGGCAAGGAGUUCAGCAGACAGAGACUGAAGGCCUACGGCCUGAACCCCAAGAGACUGUACUUCAGACAACUGGGCAGACAGAGACGAAAGGCCCAGGAGAAGAUGCUCAAGAACAAAAGCAAAGAGUGAAGUGGUUUUUGCUGAGUUGCUGUGGAAGAUUAGUACAAUCAUUUGGUUUUUAUGGUCCGGGGGUUGACUGGCGCAUGAACUAUAUGGUCCAUUAUUUUUCAUCUUCUUACAAUCAACCUUUUGAUUAAAAUGACAAUUUUUAAAUGGAAGUGGGAUGGAAUGGAAAUGGACCUUUGGCUAUUUUGGGGUUUAAAACUUACUAGAUUGCUGUAUCAUUGUCAUAUGUGUCAGCAUUUCAGAGUAUUUGUACAGUAAAAAAUUUUAUGUAUAACCACUUCUGGAGUUCUU